AUGCCAAAAGCAAUCUUCCUCCAGCCCAUCGAUGGCAAGCCUGGCAAGCCAGGCCAAGUAUACUAUCCCAUCGUCCAGAAAACAGUACCCCCACCAACAAUCAAAGGCAGCGAACUCAUCAUCAAACUCUCUGCCGCAGCCCUGAAUCAUCGUGAUCUGUUUCUGCGUCAACACCUCUAUCCAGGCCUAUCCUUUGACGUGCCCAUGCUAGCCGACGGCGUCGGCACAGUCAUUGAACUCGGUCCAACCGUCAGCGACAAAUCUUGGAAAGGCAAACGGGUGAUUCUCAACCCCGGAACGGGCUGGAAAGAUCACCCGGAUGGACCUGAGGAUCCUGCCGGAUACAAAAUCUUGGGCGGCACAAAGUUUGAUCCUAGAGGGACACUACAAGAAUACGUUACUGUGGAUGAGUCUGAGGUCGAAGAGGCGCCGUCGUAUAUGUCUGAUGCGGAAGCUGCUGCGCUCCCAUUGACGGGAUUGACGGCGUGGAGGGCACUUAUCACAAAAGCCGGGGAGAGGAACUCGACAAAGGGAUCUGCUGUGUUGGUUACUGGUAUUGGUGGUGGUGUUGCGCUUAUGGCUCUGCAGUUUGCGGUUCAGAGGGGGGCGGAUGUUUAUGUGACGAGCUCUAGUCAGGAGAAGAUUGACAAGGCUAUUGAGCUAGGCGCGAAGGGGGGUGUUAGUUAUAAGGAGGCAGGUUGGGAGAAGAAGUUACUUGCUCAGCUGCCCUCUGGGAAACUGGCGUUUGAUGCUAUCAUUGAUGGAGCGGGUGGUGAUAUCAUCGAAAAGGGGGUUAGACUACUCAAGACCGGUGGCGUGAUUUCUGUCUACGGAAUGACCGUCUCCCCCAAAAUGAACUUUGUAGCACAAGCUUUCCUGAAAAACAUCGACGUACGAGGCUCGACGAUGGGUUCGCGAAAGGAGUUUAAAGACAUGGUCGACUUUGUCAAGUCAAAUGAAAUUCAUCCUGUUGUCUCAAGGGUUCUGAAGACGAGUCUUGAUGACAUUGCUGGCAUUGAUACACUGUUUGAUGACAUGAAUGCUGCGAAGCAGUUUGGAAAAUUGGUUAUACAGUUUGGAGAGGCAACGGUUAAGCCUCGUUGCACGUGCUGCAACACAGUCAAACUGGCUCCCUCAACUGUUCCCAGUUUUCAACUCAACACCGACUUCCAGACUCCGCUGAUAUUUGACGAGUCUGCCGACUAUUCGGACUUGGAGGAAUCUUGCUUUGCCGGCGCAUACUCUGACGGCCUCCUGGCAAAGUCGGAUCUCCAAUUGUCGAUGUCUAGCUUUCAGAAGUCACCGCACAAUGGUCUAGAAGAUUUCAAUGAUCAAGGACCUUCCAUGCAAGAAAACUCUUUCGCUUCAAACUAUGGCCAACUACCUUUCAUGAACCCCAUGUACGCAACCUCUCAAGAGGACUUGGGUAGCCCAGAUACAGAUAGUCUGCAUUAUGUCCCCGGGUACGCAGCUUCUGCAUCUGUUGAUGAUGCCCAGUCUCCUGGCUUCGACACCCCUAUCAAUUCUUCUCCAGAGAUUGUCUCCUUUGCUCCCCAGAGAGGUUCUGAAGGUACUCAGGUCACAGUCCGUGUGAUCUCGCCAUUCGACUUGCACUCAACUGCUCGCGCCAUCUUCAUCUCGUUCGGAACACGCCAAUGCGAGUGCACCGUCACUAUGAUUGACAACCACAACGCACAAUUCGGCUAUCUCUUCUCUGCUCAUGCGCCAAACUUCGCUUUCACCACGUCUCCCUCUUUUGAUGUCCCUUUGCAACUAGUCAUCGAUGUCCCUGCUGUGGGAGACCCUCUUGUGCGUCAAGUUGGAACCUUUUCCUAUGAGCAGUACUUGCAGGCUCCCAUCGAAGACUCUAGAAAGAGAAGCCUUUCGGCUUUCCCUGAGAAUGCCAGCUAUCGUCCAGCAAAGCGCCACUCGGCUCAUGAAUUUGAGACUAAAGCCGUAGUCGACCACCACACACAUGCACGUUCAGCCUCAUACACGCCAUUCGUGCAGACUCCUGUGACCACGAGCGUAUUUCCUACUCAAUACGAGAUGGAAAACUCCCCUCGUCUCUCGUUGGGUGGUUUCUCUAAUGUGUCGACCAGCCUUCAGCCCCCCGUCCAGGCAUCUUCUCCUAUGAUCUCGACGUGGAGUCCCUCAGUUUCUGUUACUGACUUGUCUGUUGUCAAUGCUCCAUCCGCUGUUAAUAUGUCGGUCUCCCAAUCGCAGAACCCCACCUUGAUCCGUACGUCAACUUUGCAGCACGGACACAACCUUGGUGCAUCCCAGCCUUUCAACCCGUAUGCGAUGUACCCCACCAAGGCGGUUCUAGAAUUGAAUGGAGAUCUCGACUCAAUGGCGCUUGGCUGGACUGCCCAAGAGACCGCCGCAAAGCGUCGUUUGGUUCAAUUCACACGGUCCCAGAAUGGCAGCACUAUCCAUGCUGACUUCAAGCCCAUCACUCCUGAAGAGCGCACUCCAAACAGCAUUUGCAUUAGCUGCAUCCAUUGGGAUGGCAAGGGCGAAUGUUUCGUCACUAGUGUUGAUACUAUCUAUCUUCUGGAGUCUCUGGUUGCCGUGCGCUUCACUGUCGAAGAAAAGAACCGCAUUCGCCGCAACUUGGAGGGUUUCCGUCCUUUGACAGUCUCUAAGGCCAAGGCCGAUAGUGAAGACUUCUUCAAGGUCAUCAUGGGAUUCCCUGCACCCAAGCCUCGCAACAUCGAAAAAGAUGUUAAAGUUUUCCCCUGGAAGAUUCUUUCUCUAGCACUCAAGAAGAUCAUUGGCAAAUAUUCUGCGAGCUAUUCAUCUACCGCCGGAGCACUUCCCGCCUCAUUGAGUGCUAGUCAUUCUAUGAGCUCGGAUCUUGGGACUGAGUCUCACAAUGCUUCAUCUCCACAGUCGGUUGCGGAAUCCUCAGCUUCUAGCGCAUAUCCAGUCAACUUCAGCUCUACCACGUUCGCACCAUCACUCAUGCCGGUCACCUCCGGUCUCGACUCUGACUUUGCCGUCACUCUCUCAGGGCCGAACCCAGGUUACCCUGCUACCAUGGGCGCCUCUUUUCAAUUUGACCCGACAUUUCAAACCGAUCAGGCGCUCAUGAACCAGCCAUCCUGGGACUUUACCCCUUCGUCCCAGGCCGAGGAUUUCAAUUACAUGAAUAUCCCAUAUUCUAUGGCUUGA